GCCCCGGAAGUAAAUCCCCUCCCGGGCCACCGCGCAGGCGCAGUAGCGUGGGCGGAGGGGGAGCGUGCUGCGGCCCGGCCUUCGACAUGUCCGACAACGAGGACAACUUCGAUGGUGAUGACUUUGAUGACGUGGAGGAGGAUGAAGGGCUAGAUGACUUGGAGAAUGCCGAGGAGGAGGGGCAGGAGAACGUGGAGAUCCUCCCGUCCGGGGAGCGGCAGCAGGCGAACCAGAAGCGGAUCACCACGCCCUACAUGACCAAAUACGAGCGAGCCCGAGUCCUCGGCACCCGGGCCCUGCAGAUUGCGAUGUGUGCACCCGUGAUGGUGGAGCUGGAAGGAGAGACAGACCCCCUCCUCAUCGCCAUGAAGGAGCUCAAAAACGCUCUGCCUGGCAAUUAACCGUGCUCACAGUCAUACGGGGUGGGUGGAUAUCCACUGGAGGAUCCCCUGCUGCAGAAAGAAAUUCAGCGUAUUCUCUACUCGGGACACGCAGCGACCGAGGCCGCCGUUUUGCACGCAUGGUGCUGUGUUCCCCUCGGCGAGUCACAGCGCCAUUCAAUCUACAGUAGACGUGGUAUACAUAUCUCUCAAGGGAUCUAGCAUAACUUUCCUGUGACGCUUGGGGUUGAGGUUUAAAAAAAAGGCAUCAGCCCUUCUGUUUCUUUUAUCGCAUGCCUGAAGUUUGCCUCAUUGUGUCGGACACUUGCGUAGUGCCUGGUGUGGAGAGCUCGUUAGGUCUCUUAUAACUGAGUUUGAUCGUGGAGGGAGAAGCCCCCCCGGGGUCGGAAGCUCUCUAGUAGUGGUUCCUCCUUCCCUCCCUUCCCGCCCCUUAUCGUACCUCUGCUGGAGGGGGUUGGCAGGGCCUUCUCCGGGCAGGCCCCGGGCAUCCCUUUCCCUGGCCAGGCCCGGGGCAAGCUCAGACCGAGUUCAUUCAGUGCCGCCGGCCCCGAUUCAGGAGAUGAAACGAGCUCUUAAUAAUUGUGGUAUUCGUUG